UCCCCUUUUUUCCCGAGCAAUAAUUUUUUUUUUUUUUAACAAGUCAUUGGAUAAUAAUGCAUUUGUGGAGCGUGGACCUCUAUUUCUUAACCUAAUGGACCGUCAAGAUUAGCACUGCUACCCGAAACAAGACUCCGAUUCUAUAUACGCUACCCUUUCCCUUUUCAGUAUUCCCGACUUAUGCUGUUGGCUUUACCACUCGGCAUACGUGAUAUUUUCAUCCAUUCUAUGCAAAUUACAUAUUUCUUGGCAUUCUUGUUAAAUCAAUAUAUUGUUGGAAAUAGGAGACUAGUCGUGCUUCCUGUUCUAGAACCUGUCAGUGAUUUUUCCUGCGUUUGCUAUGGGUUUCAGGGAAAAAUGAAUUGUUUGAUUGUCAAAGGUCCGUUAUUCUGAGAGUUGUGACUGGAUUGCUGAUGUCUUGAAUGCCUUUGGUUGCUUCCUAAUUCUUAUGUCUGGUUUGCUCCUUCAUUAUGCACUAAUACUCUUUGUUUACAAAUAUGGUUGCCUCUUUUACCCCCCAAGAAACAUUGUCUUCUUAUUCUUUCCAUGCCUAAUUUACUCGUGUUCCCUUUAUAAACCAUAUUUUCAGCAGCAUAUAAUUUGUUGGAUGAAUUUCCUGGCUAUGAGUUGCAAAACAAGGAAAAUAGAUUCUUGUUUCUGGUACAUUCAGUUUCCAUUGUUUGUCUUUUCACCCUUGCCCACCUGUGACCUAAAGGCAUCUAUAGGUGGAACACCUUCAAUGGUGAGAACACGGACAUGAAGUGAACACUGCUUCAUUUGUUUCUAAUUUAUAAAUUUCCAAUCACCCAUCCUUGGGGAUCACUGCAGAGCUUUAUGUAGAGUACAUUAUAUUUGUUUAAACCUUUUUUAGAUCUGCUUUAUGUUAUGGUCUAUAAGUCUAACUGUUUCAUAACCCAUCGCCAUCUUCAUAAAGCUUCUGGUUCAAUCCUUAUAAUUUCUUGAUUCACUGUUUAUUAGAGCUUCACAUUCAGAGAAUACUGUGAGGUUUAAACACAGUGAUAUAGCAAUCAGAGCUGACCGGACAUUUAUGAUCUGGAGGUGAUCAUGUAGAAAAAUUCCUGCGGAAUGCUCACUCUGACAUAUAAAGUACCUAUGCUAGUUUACCUGUGGUUAUGAGGAAGAGAAAGGCAUCCCAUACCUGGAGAUCCAUCUACCGAGUCUGGGAACAGUUUCUCAAGGGUGUGGGCAGGAAAAUAAAUAACGGUAAAAAUACUAGCUUCUGGUGGGAGUAUUGGCAUCCACUAGACCGCCCUUUAAUUGACUUUGUUUAUCCCACUUUGAGUAUCAAUAGUCAAGACAAAGUGUGCAAUCACCUCUUCCCUUGCGGAAGAUGGAAUGUUGAGUACUGGAGAACAAUUUUCCCAGAAUGGGUCACUCACAUCUUGAGCAAAAUACCACCUCCUAACUGUCCAAGGGAAGAUUGCUUCAUGUGGCAAAACGGAAAGGAGGAUUUUAUGCUGGUUCAUUGCAGGGUUGGCUCAGAUGGAAUGCUUCUCAUAACCCAGGCCGUGGGAACUUUAACAACUAUUCUUGGACGAGAGUCUUCAGUUCAGCCUGCUGGUUACUCUGGACAGCAUGAUGCAAACGUGUUCGGGGGGCGUACAUCAUCACCAAGGGAAAUGCUGCACAGGUGCUAAUGGAUGGUGUCAUCAAUAACGAACUCAAACAUAAAGUGUUCGGCAGAUCAGGAUAUAGUGAGAGACACUGGAUGCCGCCACCAAACGGAGCAAUCCGUAUCGACUUCGAUGCAUCUGUUUGGACACAUCAACAAGAGGCAUGUGGAGGAGUCAUCAGAGACUCAAAUGAUGACUGGCUCGUGGGUUUUCACAAGGAUUUGGGUAGAUGCUCAACCUUGGAGGCCGAGUUACAAGCAAUACAUGCCAGUCACCAGGUCGGAAGGAGCCUUACGACAGAUCAGAUCUUGAUUUUCACGGACUCUAUUGAAGCGGUUAACUUGCUUAUGAGGGAAUACACUUUGGAACAUCCCCAUAGGGACCUGAUAUCUGGGAUAAGAGAUCUACUUUAUGGGGAGAGAAAUAUACGGAUUCACCAUACUAAUCGGGCCCAUAUUAAGUGUGCAGAUUACAUGGCCCGAGAGGGACAUACUGGAUCAACCGAGAUGAAAUUGAAAUGGGAGGUUCCAGAUGGAUGCAUAGAAAUGUUCUGGGAAGACAAAGUUUUUGUCUGAUUUUUUGAGACUCACUUAGGAGUCCUUUCUUAUUUUAUCAAGCGGUUGCUUGCCUUUCCAUUGUAAAAAAAAAAAAAAAAAAGAGUACAUAUGCUAGUUUAGAAUUUCUUUCCUCUCUUCAUUUUCUCAUCUGGCAUGAGAUGUGUGACCGAUCUUGCUUUCAGCUUUGCUUGUUGCUGACUUAUGUGCUUGAUUCCUUCGAUAAUCUAUAUACUAAUCAUGCAUUUUUUUUUAA